GGUAGAGCGCGCGGGGAAUUUCCCCGCAGCGCAGCAGGAAGUGAACACCUGCGUCAGACUGUAGGAACCUUGUUUUCUGCGUGUUUAGCUGCUGGUGUGACCGAAUGGCUCCGGCUGAGCGCUCAUCAUGAGCUCCUUCCCUGCGCUGCUGCUCCUGCUGGGGGCCGCGGGCUGCGCCGCUGUGGGCAUUCUGUCUGAGGGGGCCCUCACCUGCUCCCGACAGGAUGUGAAUUGUACAACUAAAUACAGUAACUGCAUGGACCCUGGGUGGCUGGUGAGCCACAGGUACACCCCCAGCGAACCUGCAGAUCUCCAGGUGUCAAUAGACACCAGACUAGAUGAUGCAGGACACCUGCAGCCGGUCCUUCAGGCCAACUGGACAUUGAAGGACGAUGGUAGCAUUAGUUUCCUGAAGGCCACUGAGCUUCAUCUUCUUGUGAAGUCCACCAACCAGCAGAUGUGUCUGCGAUAUUCUUUGAAAGACAAACUGGAGAUGAGGAGCCCGUCAGGAGAGAAGUGGUCGUUCUCGUCCGCUGCGCUGGUGCUGAAUCCUGGUGAGCAGUACGCCGUGUCCGUUUACAACAUCCCCAAACCAGAGCAGGGCCACAGCAGCAUCGACGUCAGCAGAGACAUCCGGGUCCCAGACUGCGGACAGAGCAAAAUGAAGAUGACCCAGUUUUGCAUUGAGGGAGGCAGCCUGUGGGAGCCUAACAUCAGCUUUGAUGGGACCGCCCACGGCUCCCUGGCGGUCCGCUUCAGCCCUCACGUCCUGUCUAAGGAGUACCUGGUUAUCAUGAAAUGUGGCUCCAUCACAGAGAACCUCAGUGUGAAAACGGACAAACAGGGGAGCGUAAAUGUAAAGUUCAGCCUUGAUAAAUGGCCCAGAUCCUGCUGCCUGUUUGAUGCAGAGAUUAAACCUUAUUUCCUGAAAUGUGGAAAUGACUGCACUCGUCACAAAACAAGUCACAGCGUUUGUCAAGCGAACACCACCCAGACACGUUCCCUGACGUCCUGGUAUGGGGCUGUUGGAGGCGUGGCCAUGUUCAUCAUAGUGGCAGUAAUAAUGUGCAUCCUUUGCAGAAAACAUGGUAAACGUCCCAACAUUGAAUCUAAAGAAGAAGGUGGAGUACUGCGGGUGCAGCUCAAACAAGCUCCCAAAGUGAUGGUCAUUUACUCCCAUGACCACAGCCUCUACAAGGACGUAGUGCUCAAACUAUGCGCCUUUCUCCAGGACAAAUGUGGCACCCAGGUGGUUGUAGACCUGCUGGACAACUCCUCCGUCAGCAUGUUGGGUCGUCUCCGCUGGCUGGAGUGGCAGCGGCAGCAGCUGGACCCGUCGGACAAGAUCCUGGUGCUUUGCUCUCCUGGCGUUCAGGCCAAGUGGAAGGCCAUGUGUGGUCAUGGUCGGGUGACUCUGAAGCAGGAUCUGCUGUCUCCUACAGAUGACAUGCUGACUCCCUUUCUCAAUCUCUUCCUGCCGGACCUGCACCAGGCGGGCAUGUUGGGGAAAUACAUGGUGGCUUACUUUGAGGACAUCUGCAGUGAGAGAGACGUACCUUCCGUCUUUGACAUUGGAAUCAAAUACAUCCUGAUGAAGCACUUUGAGGAACUCUACUUCCGCAUCUUAGACAUCGAGAGGUAUCAGCCGGGCCAUGUCAAUCACAUCGAGGGAAUCGGAGUGGAUGAAUACUUCAACUGUGCCUCAGGUAAAGCCCUCAGAGAUGCCAUAGAAACCUUCCACGCCUAUCAGAUAGAGGACCCCAAUUGGUUCGCAAAGGAGGUGGUUGGCGAUGUGGAGGAAGUCCUUUCUGAGACCAACCAGCUCCUCCCACCACUGCAGACCCCUCCUGUCCUUGAGUGCAUCCCUCCAAUCAGAGAUCAGCUUCCAGUCUACGUUCACAGCGUUGAUACGAAGGAAGAGAUCAACUCUGUUCACAUCCUUACGCCUCAUUUAAACCCAGAGCAUCAGCUGUCCUCAGUGGCUGAACUGGUACCAGAUGUGAGUUCUGACUGCAGGCCUCUCUACCAACCCAGCCAGGUGGAGGUGUUAAUAGCAGACCCCCAGCGCUCCACGGCAGAGUCUCUGUACAUAGCCCAGCCGGUUCUGGGGAAACAACCUUUGCUUCAACAGAACUUGGUUUCGCUCAGGGAACCAUCCUCACUUCAGAACUGUACGGAGGACGAUGAGAGAGGUUCCUCACCAAGCCUGGAUGACUUUCCAGUGCAGAGACGCCCAGUGGAAAUGGAGGAGGAACUCUUAGAGCCAACCGCCCCACGUUCAAGCAGUGGGUCUGACCAAGGCUACAUCUCCAAGAUGUCCUCCCAGCCUGAAGCUCCUGUUCAAGAGGAUCCACUGAAGUCUUUGGUCAGACUGCAGGAGGCGCUGUUUCAUUCUGAUUACUCCUCCGUAUGUCCUGAAAGCACCUGAUGGGACUGCAGGACCUUCACUCUGGCAGACAGCACAAGCUUUUUAGCAACUUGAGCUCAUCGUUCUUGGAGAUCUCAGUAAUAUGUUCUCUAAUGUGUUUUUCACACACAGACUCACAUUCAGCUACUCAUGAGGCAACAUGUCUAUUUAAUUGUAUUUGUUUAUAGAUGACAAACAGUUUUUUCCUUUGGUUUUGGAGCUUUUGGUUCUCUUGCUUCUGAGUCUGCUUCUGAAUCCAUUCUUAUAUCACAAUCCUAAUAUGAUGCUUUCAAACUGUAGCUUUCCUGCAUCAUUGUUUAUAUUGGUGUGUUUUGUAAAUGGUGUUUAUAUUUACUGUACAGAUGGAGGCUGAAAGUCUUGACUGUUUAUGGUUCUUUUAAAUCCUAUAAUAAUAAUCAAGACAAAUGUG